GUAACUGUGACUGGAGUCAUUUCAUGGUUGAUUAUACGCGCGCAAUUUAAGUCAACACGUGACCUUCAUAUUUUUGUAUCGUCUGCACAGAUGUCGUCUGCCAUGGAUUCAUCGUUGGAGAAAGAUGAUGCAAACGAUGUUGACUGCAGAUUUGCCAUCUUAAUGGUUGCUGUUUCUGUGACAUUCUUUUACUUGUUAAAUAUGAUGACUGCGAAAUUUAUCAAUCCUCCUCCCAGUGCUUCCAAAGACCCGUGGAGAUGGAGGAAUUUGUUCGUAUCUUGGAUUCAUGCAAUUUUAUGUGGAUCUUGGGACUUGGCUUGUUUCAGCUUUUAUCCCGAGAUGUUUAAUGAUCUCGUUGCACACAUAAAUUAUUUUACCUACAUGAUGGUUGCCUUCUCCACAGGGUAUUUCAUUUACGAUGCGUUAGAUAUGUAUCUGAAUAACAAACUUUUAAGUGACUGGGGUGUUACACUUCAUCAUAUCAUAGUAAUACUGUUUUUUGUCCACACUAUUUUGACAAAAUACGGUACAGGACUGACAUGUGUUGCCUUAAUGACUGAAAUUAAUGGAGUGUUCCUUCACGCACGGAAACUAAUGCAGAUGUUUCAAUUUGGAUUUAAUCAUAAGUUGUAUAUCUUGAACAAGUAUCUGAACUUGUCAACAUUCAUUGUAUGUCGAGGCUUUCCCAUUAUUAGAAUAUUUUAUGGACUUAUGUACGAAUGUCAUGAAAUUGUUCAACCUCUCCGAAUUACGUUUAAGAUUAUGGUUAUUCUCAUGGCAAUUAUUAACAUUGUCUUGUUUAAGCGCCUUUGUGAGAGUGAUAUACUGAUCAAGUUUAAGUCGAAACAUAAACACAUGAAUGGUGAUGGAAAUACUAGUAACUGCUCCCACGACAAAAAAGUUAAUUAAAUGAUCUCUUGUUGAUUUCAUACCUUAAAAAUACUCAGUAGUUGUUUAUUUCACUACCCUUUAGUUCAAAAGAACACGAUUUCAAUUUCUAUGCAUGUAAAAUUUUAGAAGUAAAAGUGUCGAUUUGUUUUAUUUUAGAACAUGUAUAAUCAAAAUACAACUAGUAGUGAAGAUUUUCUUGCACUUGAGUUUUUUGAACUCUUGCGUUGAUCCACAGUGCACAAGUUUGCCUGUAGUGUGCCAUUUACUAAGCACAUUUUUCAUUUCGAUAGGCCUGUUGCAUAUCUCGAUUACUUUUAACAUGCUAUGGAGUGAUUUCUUUUUUAAAAAAUAUAUUAAAUUUUCUAUUUUUUCCUGGAUUGUUUUUAGAUAUGUUUGCUCAAAUAAAAAAAUCUCCACAUUCUCAGCUAAAUUAAUGGAAAUGUGCAUGCUCUUGCCAACUAUAAACCCAUUUUCAAACGAAAGUGGGAAAAUACGGGUUUUAGUUACCAGUGAGGUAUUUUAUGCAAGGAUGUUUAUUUUACAGCUAUAUACAUUUAUAGUUUUAUAUGGAUGUAUUUAUAUAUUAUUAUAAUAAUUGUGUCAUUUUUAAAAUAAUGAAAUUAUUUAUUUAUGUGCCAUUUUAUUUUAAUUAUUAUCCCUUACGUGUUAUCUGUUUUUUAAUCAUUAACUGGCAUGUUUUAUGUUC